UGUUAGUGUUUUUUGUAUUCGAAUUCCAUCGCUGUGAAAAAAUAAAAGAGUGGCGCAAAAGACAAUUGUUUGCAAAAUAAUUAAAAAAAGGGCAAAUUUCUCGCAUUUCAUCAUUGCAUCACCGGAAUUUUUUUAAAUUGAUUGCCGGUGAUAUUGGCCGAAAUUUUCCAUAAACAUUCCAUUCAUUCAUUCAUUCAUUCAUCAUCGUUUGCUUCAGAACAAAAAAAAAAAUAAACAAACCAAAUAUGAUUGACGAUACAACAUUUUUUGAAUUUGGCCAAGAAAUGAUUGUCAUUAGAGAAAUAUUUGAUGGUGCCCAUGAAUUAUUCGAAAAUGAACUUGAACGUGCAUUCGAAUUUGGCUGUCCAACCAUUGUGAUUGAACCAUGUCGUUUGGGUGACGAAACAGCACGUUGGAUAUGGUUUGGUGAAUAUCUAACAAGAUAUUCUAUUGUUACCGGUGUUGGUUCAAUUGUAACCGGAUUAUUAUGGCCAGAUAGAAUUUUCGUUCAAUCUGCAUUGCUUAGCACUGCUUUAUUGGCGCAUGGUAUACAUCUGGUUUCAUGGCAACAGGAUAUAUGUUCCAAUUAUCGUGUAGAAUCUGAUCCUGAACAAUAUUUACAGUUAAUGGCAACACAACAACAACAAACAAAAUAUUCAGAAAUCGAUACGGUAUCAUUGGUCACAUCUACUCAGGAAUUUAUACCCGGUAUCGGUUCUGAUAGUGGAUCAUCGGAUGAUAAACAACAGCAACAACAACAACAAUCAUCAUCAUCAUCACCACCAGAUCCAUCAUCGGCUAAACGACAACAACAGAAUCGUUAUCGUCCAACAAAUCCAUAUGAAAUGAUUCUAUCAACAUCGGCACGAAGACAACGACCACCGGUUGUAUUAUGUCGUCGAUCGAACGAUGAUUUACGACGUUCGAAUUGGAUCAAUGCAGCCGUAUCAUUAUUGGCCAUUGCUUUUUCAUUCAUUCGUCUUGUUCGAUCAUCAUUUUUCCAUCAUCAUCAUCAUCAUACAGCCAACAACAAAACGAUGAUAACAACAAAAUCAACGUUGAAUCAAAAUUUCCAAUCAUCGUGGUCAUCAUUUUUGAAAACUUUGAUCUAGAAAAAAAAAUUCUAUAAAUAUCGAUAUGUCAAGUUUGUGGACAAACAAAAUUACGAAACAACAACAAAUGUUGAGUAAAUAAGUAAAACAAACAAGUGAAAACUUUAUUCAUUUCACACAAAACAAACAAACAUACUUUAUUCACCUAUAUAUUACAAUAAUUCAUUCAUGGACCAUUCAUUCAUUCAUUGAUGAAUUCAGCGAAAAUUUUUAUUUUUACAAACCAACGAAAAAAACGAACGAAAAAAUCAAUAUUUUAUUCAUCAUUGCAGUUAAAAGUACAAACUUAAAAAACAUAUAUAUUAUACACACACGGAGAGCAUUUUUGGGCAGAGCAAAAACAUUUUUGUAUAAUUUCAUUUCAAACAGCUGUCUGUAUAAAACAACAACAACAAAAAAAAUUAUUCAAUU